AUGGACGCAUUGCCAGAUUUCUACAAAAACAUGCAGAUAUCCUGGUACGAGCCCAAGGGCGACCUCCACAUCGUAUGCCACGAUAGGCAUUUCUACGUCUCCACGGACGUCAUGUUGCGCGUCUCGUCCGGCAUCGGCGAGAUGCUCACUCCUGAGCUAAUCGCAGUAUACGAGAAAGACACCAACGGCAAGAUAGUUAUCGCGCUUCCUGACGUUAAUCCCGAGGCCUUCGAUGUCUUCUGCAACUUGGUGUACUCUGGAAUGGAUUUGGUGAAAGCAGGACCUCAGCCCUUCCUCUUACACCCUCUACUUGAAUUCAUCGACCAGUACAAAUGCCGCGACAGGGUGUCGCUCACGGCCCAGACCUGGCUACGGUGUGACCUCGAGAGCCGACCCCACAGCGAUCUCUGGAUGAUGCUGGUCUUUGCAUACCGAAUGAACAUGGGGGCUCUAUUCCGCGUUAUUGGGAAACGGCUUAUCUCGACGACGAGCGCUCGGCCUCUUUUCAGGGACUGGGCUAGUAUUAUCGGCAACUGCGAGGCGAUGCCGGAAUCUUUCUACAAGGAGAUCCAAAAGAGUCAAGACCGCCUCCUCGCCAAGGCAGGCGAGAAGAUCUUAUACAUUCUUCGCCCGACGUACGACCACCUGGACGACGCGGAGGCCACCCAGCAGAUUGGCCGAUACACCGAAUCGCUGUUGGAGGCAGGUCUUAUGCCCGGGUCACCGAAUUAUCAGAAGAUGACCUUUACUGAUAUGCGCACUGCCGCGUCGAGCUUACCACACGAUAUGUGGGUGACAACGCAGUUGGAUAUGAAAUUGCAGAGAUGCCUGGACCGCGAAGAAGGGCCUUGCUUUUUGUGCUUGAAGGGUGAGUACUGCGAUCUGCAUAUUGAUAAGAGAGCAACGGAAGAUUGA